AUGAAUUGGAGGAUGAAUUCGAAGAACGCCAAGGCUCUUCAUGCAAUCCAAAUCUCUUGCAGGAAUGAUGUACUCGGUUUUAUCCGUGGCAUUAGGUUGGCCAAGGAUGCGUGGGAGACUUUGGCAAAACGGUUGAAGCCUAACAACACAGAUAUCGAGGGCAUGGCGGCCACACUAGUCCCUAGUUUAGUGAUUGAUCUUAAAGCUCUUGACCAAGACAACUACGAGCACUGGAGCUUUUGGGUGAGAAAAUACUUGCUGGCUGAAGAUUUGUGGGACGUUGUCCAAGGCACAAGUGAACCUCCAGAACUAGAAGACGGGGAAGCUGAAUACAUGGCUUGGCGGAAAAAUAAUGCCAGGGCAUUGCAUGUUAUCACCAUAUUUUCCGGGCAGGAUGCUCGGUCUUGUAUUAGUGACAGUGAGAUGGCGAAAGAUGCCUGGAAUACUUUGGCAGAAAAGUUCAAUCCUCCUCAAAGUUUUAAAACUCCAGGAAUUGAUAGUUUAUAUCAAAUGAAAUUGCUCCAUGUCCGGACCAUCAAAAUUUUGGAUCAAAUGUGCAAAGCAUUAGAGAAUUUCAACUACAAUUUCGACAACAAGCAAGGUCGUAAAUUUGCUGAAAAAGCACUCUUCCAAGCAGUAGAACGAGGACAUUUUCUAUUCGUACAAAAAUUGAUACGCCUGCAGCUUGAUAAAAGCUGGUGCCUUGCCAUCACUAAUGAACAUGACAAGACCUUGUUUCAAUUUGCUGCUGAGCAUCGUCAAGACCAAAUAUUUGACCUGAUAUGUUCUCAUUGGUUUACUGCAACAGAAAGAAAAGAAAUUAUAAGUAGAAAAGAUAAGUUUGGGAAUAACAUGCUACAUGUGGUAGGGAAGUUGUCCCCAUUAACACAGAUUGCUCAUAUUCGAGGUGCAGCUUUGCAAAUGCAGUACGAACUACAAUGGUUCAAGAAGGUGGAGAGCAUGGCAAGUCCCAAAGAUCAUAAUUGUGUAAAUUCUGAUGGUCUCACACCCCGUGAGGUAUUUACUAUAAACCACAAAGAUCUGGUGAAGGAAGCAGAAUUGUCAAUGAAAGAAACUGCAACUUCUUCUUCGGCACUUGUAGCUGCUCUUAUCAUUACCAUUAUGUUCGCAGCAGUAGUGACAGUUCCUGGUGGAAUUAAUGGAGAAACUAGUAUUCCCAUAUACUUCAACACCGAUGCAUUCAAGAUUUUUAUAAUUGCAGAUGUUAUAUCCCUAUGCUCUUCUGCAACUUCAGUAAUGGUGUUCUUGGGGAUCCACACUUCACGUUUUGCUGAAGAAGAUUUUCUCACAUCCUUACCAACAAAAUUGAUAAUUGGCUUUUUAUCCCUUUUUCUAUCUAUCGGGUCCAUGAUGGUUGCCUUUGCUUCUGCCGUUUUCAUUAUGCUCCCUGGAAAACCAUCAAUUGUGUUUCCAUCUAUUGUACUCGCUGGUGUUCCAAUUGCUUCAUUCCUAUGGAUGCAAUUUCCAUUCUUUCUUGAGAUCAUUAUAUAUACUUAUGGAUCGAGUUUUCGCCCAAUGUACUGGAGGCUUGAGCGGUGGGCUUGGAGGAUUUAUUACAGGAGGUUUUAA